UCUGAAUCCUCAUUUCCCUCUUCUUACUUGUGCACGUGCCUGCCUCUGCUUCUUGGCUCCGCCAAUGCCCGAUGUUGCUUCUUGUUCUUGAGAGCCUCAAACAAAUGCAAAGUUUUUCUGGCACAAUACCUGAGAGGCGCUGUUUGCAUAAAGUGAGAACAGUUUGCGCUAGUAGGGUUUCGCCGUUCCGUUUCUAAGGGAAACAAGUUGGAGCUCAAGACGCCGCAAUGCCCAAGAUGUUCGGUUUCUCUCGUCGCCGGAUGAAGCUGGGGAGGUUGAAGGGUCAUCUGCAUGAUCCUUUCCAUGCCCCCCGGAGUCCUGCCCAUCCCACCAAGCGGUCCAGUCACCUCACUGGAGAAGAACCAGUGGCUACGUCAGUGAGUGGCCGUCCUGACGACCUUGCUUGGCGUUGCUCCUCUGAUACUUUUGACCUCAAUGGCCGUGCAUUUGAAAACUCAGAGAACUGGGCAGUAUUGUCAACGGACGGGGAUAAACCGAGUCCUCGUUUUGAUGUAAUUAACCAUCUUAUUGAUGUUUUGAAGUGUAUAGGAAGUUGUGAUGUUUUCAUCAUUAUCGGUUUCUAUACUGAAGCCUUUAUAACACAUUCAUCUUGUUACCAUUUCAAACAGCAUGCAGCAGCCAUGGUAGGGAGCAAAAUGAUUGUCUUCGGUGGAGAUUCCGGUAAUCAUUUGCUGGAUGAUACAAAGAUAUUAAGCUUAGACAAGCUUACAUGGGAUUCUGUGGCUUCUAAAGUUCGUGUAUCACCAGCUGGACGUCGUGCGCAGUUUCGACCAUGCAAAGGACAUUGCCUGGUUCCAUGGGGCAAGACUGUCAUUCUUGUCGGAGGGAAAAGCGAGCCAUCUUCUGACCGGAUAUCAGUAUGGACAUUCAAUACGGAAACCGAGAUCUGGUCGCAUAUGGAAGCGAAGGGCGACAUUCCGGUGGCUCGAAGUGGUCAUACAGUGACUAGAGCAGGCCCUGUUUUAAUUCUUUUUGGGGGCGAGGAUACCAAAGGGAAGAAACUACAUGACCUUCAUAUGUUUGAUCUGAAGUCCUUAACAUGGCUUCCUUUGAACUAUAAAGGUGCUGGACCUUCUCCAAGAUCCAAUCAUGUUGCUGCACUUUACGAUGAUAGAAUUCUUUUGAUUUUUGGAGGCCAAUCAAAAUCCAAGACCUUGAAUGAUGUCCACGCUCUAGAUUUUGAAACAAUGGUAUGGUCAAGAAUGAGAACACAUGGUCAUCAUCCAUCACCUCGGGCAGGUUGCUGUGGAGCUCUCUGUGGGACGAAAUGGUAUAUAGCAGGGGGUGGAAGCAAGAAAAGGCGUCAUCCGGAAACUUGGGUCUUUGAUGUCCUAGAAUCCAAGUGGUCUGUUUGUGUAGUACCUCCUAGUUCCUCCAUCACUACCAAGAAAGGUUUCAGCAUGGUUCCUUUGUACUACAGGGAUAAGAUUGUUCUUGUUUCAUUUGGAGGAAACAAAAAGGAGCCAUCUGAUAAGGUCGAAGUACUAGUGGUGCUGCAAAAUGAACAUUGUUUCAGUUGGCGGUCUGCCCCUGAUGCAGAACCCUUAAUGUAUGAGGACUCUUCUCCUAGCUCAAAGGAACUCGCCGAUCACCUCAACAACUGUGAUCCUUUGUACUCUAACUCUGUAGCAAGGCAUAGUCUCGCGACAACAGUGGAAAGCUCAUCUGGGAGGAAAUCGCUCCCUGAUUCACUCCUACAUAACUCGAAGGUGGGCGGCUCAUCACUCCGCAGGCAGUUCCGUCAGGAGGAGGAAUGCAGCCUGGCCCAAAAACUGCAGAAGCCUAUCGACGAUGACAAGUACAAGGAUGUUGACGAUUGUUCUGAGCUACCAUCCUUCGCAAACCAAAAGCAGCGGAGUGACACAUAUCAUUCUCCAGAUGCGGAUGCUAAAACGAAGAGGGUGGGCAGAAGUUCGUCUGACAUUAACCAUCAGCAUGAUACAAAAAUCGCAAACCUGGUCAGGAGAAACAUGGCGUUGGAAGAGCAACUUUCCGCUGCAAUGGCGAGCAAAGAUGAAGCAGAAAAGAACUUAUCUCUGGUCAUUGACACGAAGGAAGAGCUAGAGAGGAGGCUAGCUGAGAGAGACAGGGAAGUUGUGGCGCUGAAGGAGAAAGUGGGAGGAUUAGAACAGGCACACGAAGAUUCGAACAACGCCUCAAACACUGUCCAUGCUGAUAACGUGCGGCUCGAGCGUGAAGUGGCGUUCUUGAAGGCAGUCAUGGAUGAAACUCAGAAGGCAAAAAAUAAUAAUAUCCCUGUGAUCUCUAAUUGUACCAGUGUUUAUGCAGUUGUACUGACUAUUUUACCCCCUAAACAGGAGUUGCACUCGACCCGCGGAGUUCUAGCAGGAGAGCGCGCGAGGGCAUUCCAGCUCCAGGUUGAAGUGUUUCAUCUGAAGCAAAGGCUGCAAUCAAUGGAUGGACGGUCACCUACACAAAGAAAACCUCAGAAUCUCUAGGUUCCAGAGGUCAAAUCUCAAAUGUGGAUGACGAUGCGAAUACCUUGCAUCCUGAUGUAAACUAACUGUUACCAUGCCUAUUUUUCCGUCAAAACAUCAGGGGCGUGUUUGGUUGGUUACCAUGCUUCGCCACACCUGGGUUGUGUGAAUUCGCAUCUUUUGUGGCGACCAAACUGGGCAAAGUGCGGUAAUGAACCAAACAUGCCUCAGGUAUGCAUAUGUUCUGAUCCAUCGUAGGGAGGAUUGUGUGCUAGAUACUAAGGUUGUGAGAUGUGGAUUGAUUUGCAACUGUCUGAUCUAGUAAUGUGCAUAUCCUUGUUUUUGAAA